AUGACCGUGGCUGCGCAAUGCCGCCACGACAUCGCCCCCUAUGCUUUCAACGCUAGGAAUGACCCGUACCGUGAGUUCGUCGUUGGCGGAAUCCUCAACAGGACGGAAGAAGACGCAGCGCACGUCAGGCGACUAUCCGAGGAGAGGGGCUUAGCCCGCAGCAUCAGGAAAGCCGCCAAAGCAUGCCGAGAUGGCCACUUCUCCAAGGAAGCUGUUGCACAUGCCACGAGCAUGGUCCGACGAGCCUUCCAACAGUCAGGGGAAAGGACCGCCAUGGAUGACGAGGUCCAGGUUAUCGACAAGGAUCUGUGGCGGAUGCAGGUUCGUUUGGCGAAAGUCGAAUCAGCCCUCAAGCGCGCCACAGCAGGAGGCACUGCGCCCGAGGUUGAAGCAAGCGCGGGUGGUAUGCCAGCACAAGGGCGUGGCGAUCCUGAGGCCAACAAGAAUCAGCGCCGCCCAGAACUAUCACCACUGCACGCUGCAUCAAUCCAAGGGCCAAGUCAAAUCGCGGGCGCAGCCAGCUCGAGCAAGACGGGUCCGGAUGAGGCGAGCCACUUCAUGCGUAGCCCCGACUGUCAGCGUUUGCAUGACCAGUUCAAAGGGAACCGUUUGAUCUCCUUCCACCUCUUUGUGCCCGAACGCCAUGUGUGGCUGCAGAAUAUCUCGACGGUUGCGAAGUGCGGAGAUGUACGAUCCAAUCCUCCUGUAAGUAGGCCCAUCCGCCGGAUCCCCAGUAUCAUGCUGAAGGAAGGCAGCACGUGGGCAUAA